UGAUAAUUAAUUACAUAAACCGCCUCCUCUUCGCGACUGCCUACCUGACAGUCCUCUCCUCUCCAUCACUUUUAAGUUUCUGGAAUGGUAUUUACCUGUUAAUUUCUCAGGGGAUUCGGAAUGGAUUCUAGAAAUGGAUCAGUAUCUGAAGCUCUAUUGGAUGCAGAAAUCGAAUCGUUUUUUGAUUCGGCUCCUCCUCUAAAAGACAGAGCUGGGAUUAUAAAGAAAUUGAAGGAAUUCAUUGAAUACAAUUCUACUCCACCUGGAAAGGGGAGUCCUAGAAGGGUUGUGUGUGUGACAUCUGGUGGCACCACAGUUCCAUUGGAGCAACGUUGCGUCCGUUACAUUGAUAAUUUCAGCUCAGGCCAUAGAGGAGCUACUUCUACUGAAUAUUUUAUCAAGGCUGGGUAUGCUGUUAUCUUUUUAUAUAGGAGAGGAACUUUCCAGCCUUAUUGCCAAUCUCUUCCUGAGGAUCCGUUACUUGAAUGCUUUGAGUGCUCUGAUGACUCUACUAUUCAAGUGCGCCAACCACACACCGAAGCAGUGAAGAGAGCUGUUAGUGAUCAUCAUGCUGCUAUAGCUGGAGGUCACCUGUUAAAACUUUCAUUUACAACCAUAUUUGAGUAUCUUCAGAUUUUACAAAGCAUUGCAAUGUCAAUGAAGGAUCUUGGGUCGCUUGCUGUGUUUUAUCUUGCUGCUGCUGUAUCUGACUUUUAUGUUCCAUGGAAGAGCAUGGCAGAGCACAAGAUUCAGUCAGCAUCUGGUCCUUUGGACAUGCGACUAGUGCAGGUCCCGAAAAUGCUCUCAGCACUGAAGAAAGAAUGGGCUCCCAUGGCCUUCUGCAUAUCAUUCAAGCUUGAGACAGAUUCAAAGAUUCUUUUGGAGAAAGCUGAAAUGGCUCUUAAAAAGUACAGAAUGCAUAUGGUUGUUGCGAAUGAGCUUUCGACUCGCAAAGAGGAAGUUACAGUUGUCACUGGUAAUGAAAAGAUUCUCGUGUGUCGUGACAAGACGCAGGCUGAUUCUGAUGUGGAAGAACCCCUCAUUGAAUUAAUUGUGGGCAGGCAUUCAGCUUAUGUUAAGGAUUCUGAUUUAUGACUUUUUAGCUAAACAGCAUCAGAUACGCAACACAUACACAAAACACUUUUCUCACUCUCUCUGAAGUGAAGCUAAAAGACUUGUUUGGCAUUGCCAAAGUGCCUUUUCUCUUCUUUUUUAAUUUCUGUUCAAGUUGAUCAACAAAAGAUAUUGAAUAGUUCUGUAUCAUGUAACCAAUCCUUGUUUGAAAUGAAUAAAGAUAAAUGUCUGUGA